AACAGAAGCUCAGACAUGUUGAAAAGAUGAGAUAGAAGCCGGACUUUGCUCCUCCACAUAUGAGGCCAUCCCCGAGUCAGGCUCAAAGUUCAGGUCACGCAGUCGGUGUCAGUAUUACCUCUGUGACAGCGUUACUCCCUCAGUCUCUGAACUCUGUUCACGCUGAGCCGUCUGUAACACAGGAUGACCCGCUGGGCUCCUCUUCUUGCUUCCGUCCUGCUGCUCCUGCUGGGCCUGUUCACCCACAGUGCUGUCAGUCAGGAGGCCGGAGACCCAACAGCUGCACCACCGCCGCCACCACCUCAGGGCCAAGCUGCCGACAGCACACAGGGGGAGGAUGGAGACGGGGACUGGGGAAUGGGGUCCCUCCGAGGCAGCUUUGAGGCCGUCAGCGGAUAAUUUGACUCCAUGCUGGAGUUCAUGGGCGGACGUGACGGAGUGUGCCAGUACCGCUGCAGAUAUGGUAAAGCUCCUGUUCCUCGUCCUGGCUACCAGAUGCCUGAACCCGAUGGAUGUAGCUCCUAUUUCUUUGGCCUUCCAGUUCCAGAAGGGAUGGACAUGGGCAUCCCCGCCAUGACCAAGUGCUGUAAUCAGCUGGACAUGUGUUACGACACCUGCGGCUCCAACAAGUAUCGCUGCGACUCCAAGUUCCGCUGGUGCCUCCACAGCAUCUGCUCGGAUCUGAAGAAGAGCCUCGGCUUUGUGUCAAAAGUGGAAGCGUGUGAAACUGUAGCAGACACCUUCUUCAACACAGUGUGGACUUUAGGCUGCAGACCGUACAUGAACAGCCAGAGAGCAGCCUGCUACUGUCCAGGAGAGGAGAAGGACGAACUUUAGAAGAACAGCAGGAUCUAUUUAUAAAAGAGCUUCAGCAGGAGCCACAUUCCCGGGCGACUGCGCUGGUGGUGGUGUUGUGAAGGUGGAGUAAUUUAUUAGGAAGUUCUUGAUUUUACCUUGUUUGAAUUCCUUAUGAAAACUGUAUUUGUGUACCUGUGGUGCUGGUAUUGGAACAGUCUGUAAUAACAAUAACUGGACACAGUUUCCACUCUAAUGUGUCUUUAAAUGUUACCAUGUCAUCAUUGGGAGAAUUUACCGUUUGAAUAAAUGUUAUACAAAAAUAAAUGCAAUUCUUUCAUUUUAUGGUGCAGCACUAACAAAAUCAUUCAUUCAAGCCAGAAGAAAACUUGUCUGCAUGCGUGUGACGUUUCCUCCUGUUAGGAAGGGAGAUUUCCUUCCUACUGUUGCCAAGUGCUUGCUCAUAGGGGGUUAUGUGAUUGUUGGGGGUUUCUUCCUAACAUUUCAGGGUCUUCACCUUACAAUAAAGCUCCUUGAAGCGA